UGACAAUGCUCGCUUCAACAUUGAUGCUACAUACCGCUCUGAUGUGGUGCCUCAAGAGCUCCACCGCCUCUCGCACCUGGAGCACUUUGAUGCACGAGGCAACAAUCUAGUUGGAGCUCUUCCUGAGUACUGGGCCUCACUCAACCACCUCACCUACUUAUCGUUUGCCUGGAACGACAUCCGAGGCUCCAUUCCAUCAUCUUUCACUGCCCUCACUGCACUGUGCACGCUGAGCUUGAUGACAAACAAGAUGGAUGGCACGAUCCCGCCAGUUUUCUCCACCACUCUCAGCAGCAUUGACCUUUCGGGAAAUCAAUUCUCCGGCCGCAUUCCAGAGUUCCUUGGCUCUCUCUCCGGCCUCAUAACCCUGGAACUCACUGGCAACAACUUUACCGGGGCCAUUCCGCGGUCUUUCACAAACCUCAAAUAUGUUUCUUCGCUGGACCUUGGCAGCAACCAGCUGUCGUCGGGCCUUGAUGUGAUCAGCGAGAUGACCUGGCUCACAAUGAUAUUUAUAGACUCAAACCGAUUUGCAGAUGCAUUUCCCAACCACCUGUCGUGGCCUUCAGUCAGCGUGUU